CGCCUCCAGCCCCGCCGCGCUGUUGCUGUUGUGGCGCGCCCGGGGCCGUGCAGCGCCGGGAGGCCGCAAGGGCCCGCGGAGCGUCCCGGGCGGCAGUGGGGCCACAACCGGGUCCGGGUGCGUCACGUCGGGGCCGCGGUCGCCCCCCGCCCCGGAAGGACAAGUGGGCUCUGGGAAUAUGGCAGCGGCGGCGGGAGCCCCGGUGUGCGUGCUAGUGCUGGGUAUGGCCGGCUCCGGAAAAACCACCUUCGUGCAGCGCCUGGCCGCCCACCUGCACGGGCAGCGCUGCCCUCCGUACGUGAUCAACCUGGACCCUGCCGUGCACAGCCUGCCCUUCCCCGCCAACAUCGAUAUCAGGGACACCGUGAAGUACAAAGAAGUCAUGAAACAAUACGGGCUGGGCCCAAACGGUGGAAUAGUGACCUCUCUCAAUCUCUUUGCUACAAGAUUUGACCAGGUGAUGAAGUUUAUUGAAAAAAGACAAAAUGCAUCCAAGUAUGUUAUUAUUGACACACCAGGGCAAAUUGAGGUAUUUACUUGGUCAGCAUCAGGAACCAUCAUAACUGAGGCCUUGGCCUCCUCUUUCCCUUCGGUUGUUGUCUAUGUGAUGGACACCUCUCGGAGUACUAACCCUAUCACUUUUAUGUCCAAUAUGCUCUAUGCCUGCAGUAUUCUGUACAAGACAAAGCUACCUUUCAUCGUAGUUAUGAACAAAACUGACAUAAUCGACCACAGUUUCGCAGUGGAAUGGAUGCAGGACUUUGAGACUUUUCAGGAUGCUCUGAAUCAAGAGACCUCCUAUGUCAGUAACCUGACUCGUUCCAUGAGUUUAGUGUUGGAUGAAUUUUACAGUUCACUGAAGGUGGUUGGUGUUUCUGCGGUGCUCGGCACAGGACUGGAUGAGUUUUUUAUCCAGCUUUCUAAAGCUGUAGAUGAAUACGAGAGAGAGUAUCGUCCAGAAUAUGAACGCCUGCGAAAAACACUAGAGGAAGCUCAAGAGAAACAGAAGAGAGAGCAGCUGGAACACUUGUGGAAGGACAUGGGCAGUGUGUGUGUGCAGGGCAGCACACUGGCAGGGCCUGAUGAUGCUUCUGCAAUGGGUCCCUCUGGGCUAAUCCUUACGCGAGGAUCUCUCAAUGAAGAGGAAGAAGAGAGAGAGAGUGAUACUGACGACAUUGACCAUGAAGUGACUGAGGAGAGUCAUGAAGAACCAGCCUUCAGAAACUUCAUGCAAGAUGUGCGGAUGAAAUGCCAGAGAAAAAGCAACCUGAAUGAAUGAGACCUUCACAGAUGGAACAUUUGGAAGGAACAGCAUAAAGAAACUUGCAUGAAACCGUGCAUGAAGACUUUUUAUUUGUGAACUGCUUCCUCUGAUAGAUUUUUAUUUCUCUUUCUGCAGUAACUGUUGGUCAUGUGAGUUAAAGAUCUUGGAGCCAACUGACUGCACAGUUUGCCAUCUGCCACCGUAGCUUCCUGAAGCUGAGGGAAUCAGAUAGCAGUUUCUUUUCCUCCAGAUUCUUCAGAUCUGUCUGUUGAGAGCUUAGAUUUUGAGCUCUGGCAGCAUUAGUAUCUGCAGCUCUGACUGGUCCCCAGAAACGUGUUCAUUCAUGUGUGCAGCCAGGUGUCUGCUGCAGCCAGGGCACAAGUGAUGCUGUACUGAACUUUAUCAAUCUACUUACUGUUUGAUGGUUUGGUUUGUAUUAAAUAUAUUUUAUGUACUAACAAAUGCAUGAUAAUAACAGAAGGAAAUUUAAUUUUAAGCACUAUUCUAAAGUGAGACUUUUUUCCCUGCGCUUGCAGCCCAUCUGUAUGGAUGUGCAGCAAAUGCAUCUUAAUUACAUUAUACAGACAUGGUACAGAUGCCUCCCAGGAAAAUCCUGAGCAAAGAAAGUUCCCAGGAGGGAAAGUAAUAAAAAGUCUCUAGCUUGAUUUGGCUGAGAACAGAAAUGCACAUGGUAUAUACUGGCUGCAUAUAUCCCUAGGUUACUUAAAGCAGAGGCAUUUCCAUAGAUGAGUGCUUACCUGGAAUACAGAGAAGCACUUAGAGACUGGCUAAUACUUAUUUUUGUGGUAGGCACCACAGACACAGAUGUUCACUUGCAGUUUAGCAGUUUGGACCCUGAAUCUUUGGGGUUUUCUCCUCCACAGAAAGGGGUGGCCUCACUGGGUAGGUUUCCAAGUGGAAGUCUGGCACAGGUUAGCUAGCACCAAUCCCAAAUCGCUAGUGUGGAAUACCACUCUGCUUUAAUUUAUAAAUCACUACUUCUCUUAGUGGAUAAACCCUUCAAGUGUACUUCAGUUUCACAAAGUUCCAAACUGUGGCCAUCAAGAUUUUACAGCACUAUGUCUGUGGUGGAGUUCUGUGUAUGGUCCUGUGGGAAUGUUCACAAAGAACCAUGCUGACCUAAGCUGUGACUGUAGCCCAAGGGGCAACCUUGUCCCAACACGUCUGGCUGUGCUCAGUGAGUCCUGACUGUUCCCAUGCUGACCCAUAACUGGUUCCUCUGCCUGCUGCCUUGGGGAGUAUCUCUAAGGUGCCACAAAGAGAGGAGCUUCUUAUGGGCACAGUGUCCUGGGAUUCGGGGGAAAAGAAGGGGUUUUCAGUCUUUAGCACCUCACGCUUAUUCAGAAUUGAUAGCAAACAGCUCCAGCCUCAGGAGGACACAGUCAGUCACAUUUUACAGAUCUUGGUCUCACCUUGACCUUGCCAAGGGACAGUCUGGCAGGGAGAGGGAAGGAAACAGGUCUGGACGGACAGCCUGCUCCCAGAAAAUCAUCCUAACCCUUACAGGACUAAAUAGAGCUGUAAGAACUUCCCAAAAUAUUCAUUUCCCUGUAGACUGAGGGCACAGAGUGUCACUAAGUUGAAGCACAGGCUGGACCUGCCAUGAACAGGCUAUGUAAAUAUAGAAAGUAAGAGCUACUCAGAUAAUUCCAUACAACAUUCCAAAAUCUGGCUCCUGGGAUAUGAUCAUCUCUGGUUUUUUUUUUAGUAAUGUCAAUUUUAAGUUUUCUUCCCAGGUUUUUGUCUUUCCCUUGGAUUCUUUUAACUGUUGUUUCAAUUUGCCAUUUUGGUAUCAUAGAGACAAUUUUACAAUACAAUUCAAUUCCUUUCCUUUAUUUCAUUUCUCAAAUUACCAUUUUAUCAUCUGUUCCCUCCAUUGCCAUGCAGAUUUUAAACAUAGUGCCAGCACAUUAUAAAUAAUACUUUCUCCUGUUUUAUCUUUCAGCAAUUCCCAUUUUUCAUCUAUUUUCUCCUACAUUUUUUUCCCACUCCUACCAGUUAUCUACCGGCCAAGGAUCAUCAGUUUCAAUAUGAAAACUGUGCCUUUGCAGGUAAUCUGCUGAGCCUUUUGUCUGUUUCUCUAAAUUGUUUGCCAUCCUGUCUUCAACUAUGCCAAAAAUGAAACAAGCGGAAGCUUCAGGCAAGCCCUGCCUUAACCUCAGAUUUUUGGCAACAGCUUAAAUUUAAGAAAGCACUCUGGCCUGCAAGUUCUAAGGAUGGCAAAUCAGGUCAAUUUAUAAAAUCAGUUAUUUAUUGUUUGUCUGUUAUCUCCUGGAGAUAACAGAUGAAAGGUCUUUACUGCACAGUAAAAACAAGAGCUACUAGUAGAUUACAUAAAGUGCAUUAUAUCAAGCUACCUAUUUUAAAGCUAGCAAAAGAAAAGGGUAUUGAUUAGGAGCCAAAUGGAACUUAGCACCAAAUGACAAUGGUGUACCCAGAGUCCUUUCACUCACUCUCCAGAGGAGGAACCACAAAGAAGGCUCCCUGCUCUGGAGAGAAACUCCACAUAUUUACAGGGAAUGAGCAGAAGAUUUCUCCUUUGGGAAAGUUUGGGUGUAACUUUUGUAGCUUUUAUGUAAAGUGAGGUGCCUGUCAGUGAGAAAUCCAGCUUAUCUUUCCAGGUCUCACUCCCACAGUAAGGUGUUCAUUGUCAGCCUGGAGUGUUGAUCCCAUGGCACCAAACCAAGUUGCUAUGAGACAGCUUGUCCUGUUUGAGUUAUUUCACCAGUUAAUAAGCAGCAGAUGAGCUCUCCUGGGGGCGAGAUGUCCUGCUCCAGGUAUGUCUGUGUGGCACAGAGCUCUGCCCUUCCCAAGCAAUCCGUGCAGUACCGGGCUAGGCAUGUCGCUGGCCACAGCGGGCAGUGCCAGCCUGGUGUCGGCACCGUUCCCAGCCUUGGCUCACGCCUCCAUGGGAGUGUGGCAGUGCCUGCAGAGGUGGGAUACUGCUCCAGGUGGGAUGGCAGCUCCUUCCCACCUGUCAGUCAGCACCAUCAGGAUUUAAAUACCACUGCCUUGACCUUUCAUUAUGCUCACCUUAUUGACCACAUAAGAAAACCCAGCAAACCCCAAGAAAUUCCUGUAUGACAGAAGGUCAGAUUUAGUGUGGUGGUAUAAACUUCUUGUUUGGACACCACAGAUACUUGUCCACAGGUUCCUACACGCCUUGUUCCACCACCACCACCAGUCCUCAGUGAUCUCCAGUCCCCUGGAACAGCUGCCCCAGCCCCAGUCUGUGCCAGCAGCAGCCACAACGUGGCUGAGCAGAGGCAUUGGGCCGGACAGGUCAGAACCCUCCCUUGGCUGCUUGCACCUGAGUAAGACCCAGCUACAAACUGAACUCUGGAUAUAGCCUCAAAAUGUUCUAGAAUCAGACCUUCAGAAUGGCUCCAAAGGGCAACAGCUCCAGUGGCAGCUCUGUAAUGGACAAGUCCUUGUCCCAGCCCUGGUUCACUGACACACACACAAUAAAUCAACAGUAACAUCAGCCUUGCUUGCAGAAUUCCUAACCCAAACCCUUGCCUUUCCUGCCUGCAGCUGAGGGAAAUUUGACAUAAUAUUAACAAAUAACCUUUGCUGAGAGCAGUCACCACCCCAAUCCUUCAGGCUUUGCAAGAUUUUGUAGUGAAGGGGCCGAAAUUCAAAUCCUAAAUUUAACUUUCUAACAAGUUCAGUUAGAAAGAUACUGAACAGUAAAUCAUACAGAUUUAAAAGUCUGCACAGGGAUUACAGCAUAACUAACAUUAAGCUGUUUUAGCUGCCGAGAACCUAAACUGUACUUUCCAAGGUUUCAGACCCUGUGACUGUAAGUUGCCACCUCUGUCCUUCAUGUCCUUUUCCCCAUAAGAAGUUGGAGAGCUGCUCCCAGUUUGCUUUUUAGAAUCAGCUUCGAAAUAUCAACAAAAUAAAAUAUUUCUGACUGUGGCGAAUAGCCUGAAGAAGAA